AUGGAGGAAGCACAUCGUUUCGUGGGUGGUGUGCGCGAGCUGGAUCUCGCCAACUACGGAUCUGUCCCUGUGGUGGACAGAGUUAAUAUUGUGCAAGGCCUGAGGACCAGCGCAGCAUUCUUCACAUUCCUACGCGCAAAUCUAGCUCUCAGCGCAAGCGCACCCGCUUCGCCCAUCUCCUCCCACGCGCCGACACCCCAUCUCGAGCCCUAUUCACACCACCAGUUCCCAUUUCCGCCAUCUCCCUCGCCCCUCAGCUCCUCGACCUCCUUCUCCGACUUACACUCCUCCGCCUCCGACGCUGAUGCCGCUUACUACAAUGACCCUCUCGGCGACGUUCCCCCGCUGUCUCUCGAGCCGCUGCUCACGUACGACGACAAGGUCGCAGGCCUGAACCUCAUUGCGGACUCUAUUGCUCAGAUGAAGCAACGAGCGGCCAAGUCUUUGGUUUUCCAUCCGCUCUGCCUGACGCUCCUCUUUACUGCAUGGGCUGGCGUCUCUCGAUGGGCGUAUGUGCCCUCCUCUGCGGAUCCUAGCCUGGCUCUCCUCCUUUCCUGUGGUAUAGCCAUGAUUUAUCUCACAGCUAUACGCUACUCCACAGAAGGCUACGCGAAACUAGCUGAGGACAUGCGAUGGUCUUGGCUCGAGGGCCCCGAAAGCAUCGAGGGAGACCUCGUCAUUGGCGCUCGCUACGGCGGCGCUUUAAUCGGAGCCCUCAUUCUCAGACUUGAGCCUCGCUUCUCCCCUGUGUCGUCUAUUGGUGGAAGGCGCAGAAACAGGAGCAGGAGUGUGAGCUUCCGCGGGGGCAAAGGCGUCAUUCGAGCCUGGACGACUCGCCUUCGCUACCGAGGAAAGGGGAUCGGCCGAGACCUCCUCGACGGCGCCAUCCGUAUUGUCAAGGACCGCUGCGGGAAGGAUGCCGAGGUGGGGUUCGCACAAGAGCAUGCUAAUAGUACCAUGCUGCUGCCAGCCUUCUUCAACGGAGCGUUUCGUCGAGAUGAAGUGCGUGCUGCCAAGGCUCUGGAAAAGGCACUGGAGGAGUGGGAGUCGAGCAAGAAGAAGAAGAGGUAA